AUGGGUGAGCUUGCGAAGUACGAUGUGGAGGAGGCCGGCGGGACCGAUGCUCUACUAGAGGUUUUUUUCGAUCCUCACAUUGCAGGAGGUCACACGGUUUAUCAGUUGGAUGGGGUUGAGUGCUCCGAUAGAUGGUGCAGGCCAGGAGAGAUUAUUCUUACACUAGAGGAGGUUGAUAAUGAUGAUCAAGGUGGAGGUGGUCAAGGUCGAAGGAGGAGUAGAGGGAGGAGCGGUGGGAGGAUUGUUGUGGGUGGUGCGGUUGGACAUGGUCGAGGAGGAGGUGGUGGCGGGGCAGGAGGAGGAGAUGAGGGAGGAGUGGUGAGGGUUAGAGGAGUGGUGAGAGGUAGAGGAGGAGGAUGGAGGAUGGGUGGUGUUGGGUUGGGUGGAUUUUUGCAGGCAGAGGAUGUUGUUGCCAUGGGGGUUGAGGAGGGAUCAGACAGUGAUGGAUCUGAGGAGGAGAGUGGUGAUUCUUCUGAUGAGGAUACAAAAUAUGAGGUGGUUGGUGGUGGAGUAGGUUUGAUGGGAUUGGCGGGUGUAGUAGCAAAGGAGUUAGAGGAGGAGGAUGUUGUGCCAUCGGACCGAUGUGCUCCUACCUAUGCUGCCAGAUCUCGACAUGGGGGUUCUCAGAGACAGAGGGGCAUCGAGGGGGUUGUGGGUUCUUGGAGGGAUGCUCCUAGGAGUAGUGCAGGUAAGGGUAGCUCAAGCUCUCAGUUGACAGGUCCUGGUGGUGGUCAGGUUGAUCCUGCAUUGUGA